UUUGGGAUAUAGGUUGAUGGGAGGAAGUGAAUUAAAAAUGGGUCUAGACAGGCAUAAGCGACGCUGGCAAGAGGUAGUGGAUUCGGAAGCUCUACAAGCUGCGCCGGAGAUUAAAACGCCUCAAGAACUUGAGAAUUACAGUGCCACCGAAAAAUGUGUACUGGUGGCCAUACGACCAGAUCAGCAGAAAUCGUUCGCCGACAAGGGGUUUUUCAGAAACCUUGUGAAAAGCCACAAGAAGGCGCUGCUCAGCCCAUGUCUAAAGGAGGUGUCUAUUCCAGAGAAUACUCGAUCGUUUGUUGUUCAUGACUGGGAAUAUCUAGACGCCGAAUUGCGAGAUAUUAUAAAGUCAGAUGCAGUGUUUUACCACGAGUUUAGUUACACGAGAACAUACGAAGAUUUGUCAGUCGAUGAAUGCCUAAGGCUGCUAGGCGACUCCAAUGGCAUCAUGGUUAGCUUCGAGACUAUUGGACAUAUAGCUCAUUUGAACCUCCCAAAUGAGCGCCUAUGGGCCAAACAUAUAAUCGCAAAAAUAUUAUUAGAUAAACACAAACACAUACGCACAGUGGUAAACAAAACCAAGGAAGUGGAAACCGAAUUCCGAACAAUGGAUCUUGAACUACUUGCCGGAGACGAUGAUCUAAUCGCAACCCAGAAUGAAAAUGGCCAUACGUUCAAAAUAGAUUUCCGUAACGUUUAUUGGAAUUCUAGACUAAUCAGAGAACGUGAACGUUUGAGUGAAACAUUUGCUAGGGGUGACAUUGUAAUAGACAUGUUUGCAGGGGUUGGCCCAUUUGCCAUAUACGCCGCAGGCAAGGGGUGUUUGGUAUUUGCCAACGAUUUGAAUCCAACGGGUACACAGUAUAUUGAAUUAAACGCCAAGCUGAACAAGCUUAGUGACAAGGUAUUUGCCUACAAUCGCGAUGCCCGUGAUUUUGUCAAGACAGUUAUUGAUUCUGGAAUAUUAGACAAGCAGACUACGUCCGUAAAGGACCAUGUCAUGAAAGUGGAUAGUAAAGUGCACUUUGUCAUGAAUUUGCCCAAAGAUGCUAUAGAGUUUCUAGAUUCGCUGAAAGGACUCGCAAAGGGAAUAGAUCCUGAAAACAUACGCACAUGCGUAGUACAUUGCUACUGCUUCAGUGAAGCUGCCGACGUGGAAACUGACAUUGAUGCACGAAUGGAAGGCGUAUUGGGGGUAAAGAUACCGGAUAAGAAGAUUGUAACGGUUAGAGAUGUUUCCCCAAAGAAGCAUAUGUACUGCAUUGAAUUCAAGAUACCUACUACGUUGCUAAGCGCUGACCAUUGAGUACAAAACAUGGAAUUCAACCACCUACACCAGCAUAGUUACAUAAAAGAACGAUAUAUAUUACAUACUAGAUGUAUACAGUGCGACAGAGUUGUCCGUAAAUAAAAAAUGGUACACAUAUUUAGUGCGAUAACAUAUAAACACUACAAU